AACAAUCCAAACGAAAUGUUAUGUAGCAAAUUUAAACAAAUAUUCUAUAAUAAGUCCAAGUUGAAUGAUAAAGUGCAAUAUUUUUUAAUAUCUUCGCGGUUAUCGAAGCGAUGUAUGUUGUUAGAUAGUUUAUUGACAAUAUCUAAAGGUGAACGGAGUAUGUCGUAUUUUCGUCUCUCACUCAAAGAUUUGCGUGUUACGAGACUGUGGAAUGCUUGGCGGCGAAGUUGUUUUGUUAACGCUGUGGUCAAAAGAUGUAGGAAGGAUGUGAACGUACGGGAAAUGAUACAAACAUUCAGGCAUGCGAUUCUGCGGCCGAGACGAACACUAUUAUUGUCGGCUACAGCUGCGUAUAAUAGUAAUCGUUCUGAAGACAGUGAACCACAGUCUAACUGCGCAAAAAGUAUUACCGACGAAGAACUAGAGGCUGUAUUAUCAGAGUUGGAUGGUAUUGUCCAACUAUCCAAGAGGACCCUGUUCUGUACAAGUUGUGGGAAACGAUUGGUUGUUGACAGAAAACAUCCUGGUGUUCAGUAUUGUGUGUGUAAAGAUGGUCCCCACCAGGACGUGUCGUCAGACGGAUGGAUGCCGUACAUGGAAGCCGAGGAUGUCAUCAUAUGGCGUAAGGAGUACAAGCCAGGCCAGGGAUUGUAUGCGUACAAAGUUUACGGUCGGUACAAGGAAGUUCGGGCGCAGGACUUCGCCGCUGUGCAGGUGGACGGCGCCUACCGUCGAGUCUGGGAUACAGCCGUGGCUGCCCUCAGCGUGGUGGAACGCCGCGCUAACGGACUCCGAGACCAGGCUGUGCUGCAUUGGGAGGUGCUGUGGCCGAGAUUAUUUGCAAACAGAGACUACGUAUAUAUCAGGCGCCACAAAGAAUUCGAUUCAACGACCGCAUCCGAUUCACACAUGCAAACUAUAUUCGAUUCACCCCCCACCACGACGUCUCAUACACACAUCGACACGGAACGACCCAGCGUGCACUCGAAAGCGAAACGGAAAGCUAUGGAGAACUACGAGAGGGAGAGAGACGGCAGUCAUACGAACAAAGUGUACGUGAUAAUGUCGCGGUCGUGCGAGCACGAGGAAGUGCCGGAGACGAAGCAUGCUAUCCGGGUGUCGGAGUACUGGAGUCAUAUGGUUGUGAAGACGCUUAACGGCAAUGAUAAGGCGGGCAUGGAGUUCGUGCUGACGUACUACGACGAGCCGGCGGUGGGCGGCCUGCCGUGCGGAGUGGCCACGUGGGCCACGGGCCGCGCCGCGCCCGCCUACCUGCUGCGCAUGCGCGCCGCCGCCGCGCACUACGCCGCCUGGCGCGCCGCGCGCACCCACCAGGACCUCCCGGAUUAUAUACCGUUCAGUCCAGAGAACACGACACAAGAUGGCGACAAGUUGACUGAGAGAAUUAAAGAGGAAGAUAUGGAGUCAUCCAGACAAGGCCCAGAACUUGAGAAUGGAGAUGACUCGACGAGAGACCAGUGUACACAGACCGAUGAGGUGCAGCCCCCGCCUGCGACCCUCCGUCGAAGGGAGGUUAAGGUUAUGGCUCAGUCAUCCACAUCCAAGUCCAAUGUGAAGUCAGGAGAGACACAUGGAGCGGUGCAAGAGGGAGACAGCGAUAAACCAGAAGAAGACACCAACAAGAGCAACAGUAGCUGGUGGCGGUAUCUCUACCCAUUCUAUUAUUUUGUAUGA